UAUAAACCUUCCCUUGGAUUCCUCAUUUCCUCAUCGCUAUUUUACUCUCAUCAAACGCAAAGUUCUACAUUCCAUAUAAAUUCAUCUUUUUUCUCUCUCUCCAAUCUUAGGGUUUCGUUGACGCUUUUCGCUCAAUUUUCGUCCAAUUCAAGAUGCAAAUCUUUGUGAAAACUCUCACCGGAAAGACUAUUACUCUCGAAGUCGAGAGCUCAGACACAAUCGAUAAUGUCAAGACCAAGAUCCAGGACAAGGAGGGGAUUCCACCAGAUCAGCAGAGGCUGAUCUUUGCUGGGAAACAACUGGAGGAUGGAAGGACGUUAGCAGACUACAACAUCCAAAAGGAAUCAACUCUUCAUUUGGUUCUUCGUCUCAGGGGUGGCAUGCAGAUCUUUGUCAAGACCCUUACUGGCAAGACCAUCACCCUUGAGGUCGAAAGCUCAGACACUAUUGACAAUGUUAAGACAAAAAUUACUGAUAAGGAGGGUAUCCCACCAGACCAGCAAAGGCUUAUCUUUGCCGGAAAGCAAUUGGAAGAUGGUCGGACUCUAGCAGAUUACAACAUCCAAAAGGAGUCCACCCUCCACUUGGUUCUCCGCUUAAGGGGUGGUAUGCAGAUCUUUGUUAAAACCCUCACAGGCAAGACAGUAACCUUGGAAGUUGAGAGUUCUGACACUAUUGAGAACGUCAAGACUAAGAUUCAGGACAAGGAAGGAAUCCCACCAGACCAGCAGAGGCUCAUCUUUGCCGGUAAACAGCUUGAGGAUGGCAGGACAUUGGCCGAUUAUAAUAUCCAGAAGGAGUCCACUUUGCACCUGGUGCUUCGUUUGAGGGGAGGCAUGCAGAUCUUUGUGAAGACUCUUACUGGCAAGACCAUCACACUGGAAGUUGAAAGCUCAGAUACCAUUGACAAUGUGAAGGCGAAGAUUACAGACAAGGAAGGCAUUCCAGCUGACCAACAGAGACUCAUCUUUGCCGGUAAACAGCUUGAGGAUGGCAGGACAUUGGCUGAUUACAACAUCCAGAAGGAGUCCACUUUGCACCUGGUUCUUCGUUUGAGGGGAGGGAUGCAGAUCUUCGUGAAGACUCUCACUGGCAAGACCAUCACACUUGAAGUUGAAAGCUCGGAUACUAUUGACAAUGUGAAGGCAAAGAUCACAGACAAGGAGGGAAUUCCAGCUGACCAGCAGAGACUCAUCUUCGCGGGGAAGCAGCUGGAGGAUGGCCGGACUCUAGCUGACUAUAACAUUCAAAAGGAAUCAACCUUGCACUUGGUCCUCCGUCUCAGAGGUGGGAUGCAGAUCUUUGUGAAGACCCUCACUGGGAAGACUAUCACCCUUGAGGUGGAGAGUUCUGAUACAAUUGAUAAUGUGAAGACCAAGAUUCAGGACAAGGAAGGUAUCCCUCCAGAUCAGCAGAGACUCAUCUUUGCUGGGAAGCAGUUGGAGGAUGGGCGAACUCUGGCAGAUUACAAUAUUCAGAAGGAGUCGACCCUUCACCUUGUCCUUCGUCUUCGCGGUGGUGAUGCUUGAGUCUUAGCAUUUGUGUUUUGAAGUUCUAGUCUCUGGGUGUUAUGUGUGGGUUUUCUUUCCUGUUUGUUAUGUGGUUAAGUACUAUUGGUUAUGGUUUCUAGAUGCGAGUAGUAAGUACUGGUGUGUGAACUGUGAAAUUAUUUGCUGUUAAGUAAUGUGGCUUGGAAAACUUGUGGGGGUAUAUACUAUUAGUAUGCCCUAUUAUAAAUAAAUAAAGUGAAAGUUGGCGUUAUGCUUUCACAUUUGAAUUGUGAA